UAGUGCAAAACUUCUCACUCUGCGGCUUCUCUAUGUUAAGAGUUAGGUGUCUGAGGAACUUAUAGAUUCAAAAAGGGAAAUGACAUUUUUACAACAGUGAGUCAGAGAUACAUUAAAACUAAAUGCACAAAGUGUGCUAGCUACUGAUUCAUUUAUGAUUUACUAGCUUUGCCGGAUGUGACUCCAGAAAAAUCUAAAGACAAUGGGGAGAUAGUUGAUAAAGAAUAAGGUGUGAGUUUGUUUUUUCAUUUUGUUGCUGUGACUAAAGUCGUCUGUUUUUCACCUGAAGGAAGUCUCUCUCUCUGUCUCUCGCUCCAUCUGUCUCUGCCUCAUACUUCGGCUGUGAGUUGUGGUUCUUCGCAUUGUUAUCGUUGCUGUCAUCUCUAACAAUGAAAAACAGUGUGUGUUCAAGGGAUGGGGGAGGAGCGGACGCAGCGAACGACACAGGAAAAGAAGGAAAGAGCCGCCAGCUGCCGAGCAUCAGAGAAAAGAAAAAGGAGAGUGAUUGAGUACAAAGAGAGAAUAUGUUAGACUGGGUUGGCUGAGCUGGAGGAUAUGGAGGGAUUAAGUAUCUUUCAAAGUGAAGCCCAGGGUAGAAAAGUUCCCAAACAAAAAGAAAAGACAUUGAGUUGGUUAUAAAUAAAGAAAAGUGAACAUGUCCACAGACUUUAUCAGGUGUUGUUCAUGGUUUGGGGGUGUUUUACUAUUUAUUAGAUCACAAUAAUGAUAAUAAUCUAUUAUCACUUUCGAAUUGGAGACACUAAAAUCCUAUUUUUAAUUUGUAUUUCUAAUUUAAUUUCCCCUUGUGCUGCCACCUCCUUCUGCUGUCAAUUGUGGAUUCCUUGGUGAUGAACUAUUCACUGUGACAUAUCUAACCAGUCGAUUCAGGCUGGCAGUGGGUCCACACAGCUAAAUGAAAGUAACAAAGGUUUGAGACCACAUGUUGUCAUGCCAACCCAGCUCAUUGGGUCUAGGCAUGUUGAGCACACAUGUGAACAUCUCGUGAAGAAGCUUAAUAAUGAUCGAGCUUUGUGAACGCCGCUCCUCAUUUCACCCGAGUCUUUAUCAUUGGACGUUGCUCUGAUUGGCUCCAUCUGACUUCCACCAGGGAAUCAGAGGCAAAGCAGAAAAGGACGAAAGCAUAUUUUGUUUUGUGAACUUUGAGUGACCGCUUUGUUUGUCAGGAAAGAUCAGAGGGGAACAAGCAAGUGAUAUGUUGUGAUUAGUGUUUCAUUGCUGUUAGGUUGAGAUUUACUUUCAAACUUUAAAUAUGUAGUGCUGGCACCCAUUCAUUUUUUUAACUACUGAGGUAGCUCAACAUUUUAAGUUAAUGUUGUUGCUGUAGCAAUGGAUUCUAUUGUUUGUUCCAACCAAUGUUUGGGUGCCACUGACAAGCAAGUCUUUGAGGAGUCAAAUCAGUAUUUAAAUUUAUACUGAGCUUUCAGGUAAAGGUUGUUUUUCUUCUGCCUGGCUGCAGAAAAAUGAAAUAACAUCUAAUAUUCUCACAUCCUCUUUAUUCAAGUUGUCACAGUGGUUCAUGUCUCAGUUUGGAAUAAAACGUUUCACACUUUAUCCACCCUGAUACAAUAUCUCACCUCACACUGUUGCACACAAAUACGUUUGUCUGUAGUAGUUAGCAGUGUCUUUCUCGUGAUCACAUUGUUUCAUAUGUUUAUUAUUCUAGAAAGUUGAGCUGCAAUGUUUGCAAUGUGCUGCUGCAGUCAAUGGAUGUUGUGAAGCCCAGAGAAAGAAGCCUGUCGCUUCGGGAACCAGGUGGACCACUUCCUGGGAACACUGGCCUUUUCUAAGAUGUUGAACCGAACCCUGGCCGUCCCUCCCUGGAUAGUGUACCGCCACCACACGCCCCCUUACACCAAUGUCCAUGUUCCCUACAGUGAGUUUUUCCAGUUAGAGGCCUUGUAUGCCUACCAUCGUGUGAUCAGUUUGGAGGAUUUCAUGGAGAAGCUGGCCCCCAAACACUGGCCCUCAGGACAGAGGAACGCCUACUGCUUUGAGACUGCUGCACAGCGGAGUGCAGACAAGAAAUCCUGCCCUAUGAAGGAUGGAAACCCAUUUGGUCCAUUCUGGGACUACGUUGGUGUGGACUUUGACAAGUCUGUCCUGUUUGGGGGUAUUUCUUUUAGUGCCUACCACCAACCUCAGUGGAUGAAAAGGUUCCCUCCCUCUGAACACCCUGUCCUGGCGCUGCCCGGGGCUCCGGCCCAGUUCCCAGUGGUAGAGGAGCACGUGCCCCUUCAGGGGUAUGUAGUGUGGUCGGACAAGAUGGUGAAGGAGGGAGAAGAGCACAUCGCCACCUGGCUGACCCGGCCAUAUGUUGGCAUUCACCUGAGGAUUGGCAUCGACUGGCAAAACGCAUGCAAAAUGCUGGAGAGUGGAGAUGCAGGGCCUCACUUCAUGGCCUCUCCUCAGUGUGUCGGCUACAACCGCCAGACAGCGUUGCCUCUCACCAUGCCCAUGUGCCUGCCUGACCUGGCGGAGAUUCGCAGGGCUGUGAAGCUGUGGGUGAAGAAGACCUCUGCCAGCUCUGUCUACAUUGCCACCGACUCAGAAUCCCAUAGUAAAGAAAUUGAUAAGAUCUUCAAGGGCAAGGUUAAAGUAGUGACUCUACAACCAGACUCAGCCCAGUUGGACUUGUACAUCCUAGGCCGAGCUGACCACUUCAUCGGCAACUGCGUCUCCUCCUUCUCUGCGUUCGUAAAGAGGGAGCGGGACGUGCAUGGCCUCCCGUCCUCCUUUUUUGGCAUGGACAAGCCUGGGAAACCAAAUCAUAAAGUAGAGCUAUGAGUAUGACUGUUACACGGUUUCCCUCAUGGCGCUCUUGAUGGAUGACUGUCACAAGGAGGCGAGACAACAUGUGAAAAGCAGAGAAAAUGUAUAACAGUUCUAAAUGAGUGAAGCAAGAUGAGAAACAGGGUCACGGAUAGGUUUUAGGAUGGGUUUUAAUCUGUCAGAAUGAAAGAAGGUCCAGGGUUUAGCAGGUGGGCAGUAUUCAUGUUUGUAAAAUGUUGCUGCUGCCAAAAGUUUGAAAAAUGCAAUUUGCUGUCUGUUCUCUGCUUGAAAAUCAAGUAUCUGAAUGUUCCCUCUAAAGUUUUGGCUCCUUCUCUACUUUUGUUCACUCAAGUAAAGUGAGUUUUCCAUUCCAUCAGGAAACACCCUGUUUCCUUUACAUUUCCUUUUGUAUAACUGCAUUUUCUGCAGUACAGACGUGAGCGGGACCUCUGAGGAUCUCAGUGUACUCUGGAAAAGACUAAUUGCCUUGUCAGCGAUCAUGUUCUACCUCUAUCUCUUUGGCCGUCUUCCUUUUUUUCCCCCCAUUACUUUUGUGUCCCUCUUUCUCUUUGCAGCUUGCUCUGUUCUUUCCCUCUUGCUCCUUUCCCAGGAGAGAACAGUAACUGAUCCUCAUGUUCAUACAAUUAUGGGAAGGGGAAAGGAGACAGACCAAAAACUGAUGAGGUGGUUGAAUGUGACAGGAACAGCGUUGUUAUUCUGUGCAUGUGAAACAAACGUUUUAGAAAGACAAAAGAGUUUAAUUGCGCUUGAUAAAUUGAUUUAAAUGUAAAUAGUAAUGUGUUGCAAGCCAAUUGUCUUCCUCAAUGUAAAUGCAAUGAUGUUGAAGUUUUUUCUACAAUAUUUUUCGCCAAUAAAGUAUGAACACUAAUGUUGAAA